AAUCCCCAACCUUGACUUGAAAUUCCGACCUCACGCCUCUGCCCACGCCCCGGCGCUGCUCUCGACUGACAACGCUACCGGGAGGCCCGCUCUCAUCGGAGGCAUCUCCAUCCUCUCUUUCAACAAGGCCAUCUCACUGUCCUCCCCGAUCCCCUUUGCAGACAGCAGGCUGCUCACGGUACAUCUCAACUACCUCCGUGAGCAAAUCCGCCUCAUUGCCAUAUACGCGCCCACACAAUUCUACGAGCGUCGAAUAUGGUGGACCACCACGCUCGUUCCGGCACUAGAAAACCCCACCGGUGCCUCCGCGACCAUGCUCGCCGGCGACUUCAACUCUGUCAUCCUUCCCAUUGAUAGAAACCGACCCCUCAAAGAUUACGAAUGCCGAGAAGGAGCUUCCUUUGCGAAGCUCAUGGACACCCACGCGCUGGUCGACACUUUCAACGAACUCUUCCCCUCAGCCACCGACAUCUUCUCAUUUUAUGGCAGGCAACGCUUAAACUCAGUGACCCCGCCCACACUCUCCCGCCUUGACAGAAUUUACAUUUCCCGAGUCUUCCUUCCCCGUCUCGCCGCUAGUCCGUACAUGCAAACCCGCACGACAAUCACAGAUCACAUGUAUGCCCCUCUCUUCUCGCUAGGUUUCACCAACCCCACGGUCGCCCCUCGGCCGUGGCGGCUCCGCCAACAUCUCCUCAUGCGCCUCCGUGCUGCACAAAUCAUCUAUGCCUCCCUUGCGGCCUUCCCCUCCUCCCCUUCCCCGGACUCGUGGGACGGGUGGAAGCUCGACCUCACCCUUAACAUCAAAAGAUUCUCCAACCUGGAGAGAUGCCGUCGUUCCCCUCUCCCUAGCCGAAAUCGGGAAAGCACUCCUCUCUCUCACACGAAGAAAACCCCUGGCCCAGACAGCCUCCUCGGGGAGCUUUUCCGACAAUUCUCCCCUCGAUUCGCACCGGCCUUCCACUCCUUGCUCUCACCACCACAGCCACUUUCCAGUCUCCCUCCGUCCAUGCUGACCGGAAGAACGGUCCUUAUCCCAAAAAGAGGGGACUCCUCGCUAGAGGAAAACCUCUGCCCCAACACCCUAAUGAACGCUGAUUACAAGGUACUUGCGCUAUGCCUCGCUAACCGCCUUCAACUCAUCCUCCCCCAGCUCAUCCACCCAUCCCAAACUGCCUUCAUCAAACACAGGAAAAUCGGAGACACCAUUAACGAUAAUCUGGACAUCAUGGACUGGGCGGCCUUCUCCUCGUCCCCCCUUCCCGCUCUUACAGUGGAUUUUCGCAAGGCCUACGACUUUGUUGACAGUUGCGGGCAGCAAAAGCUUCCAUCCGUUUCACUGGCACGAGCCGCGGCGCUGCUGGCCAUCAAGGUGGCCAUGGGGCUCACCUUCACCACGUGGGCCACGUCCAAUCCGUGCCACCUCGAGGGCGAUGCCGGCUCGGCUGGCGAGUGGAGCGGCCUGAGCUGCGCCGCUGACGGCUGCGUCUUCAUGAUGUGGAUGCCGUGGAACUUCCUCGACGGCAGCCUCGCCAGCUACCUCAGGAACUUCUCCGCGCUCACCAACCUCAACACCAUUGCUAUGCAGCACAUGUACUUGUCUGGGUCAUUACCGAGUCUGCUCACGACUCUGCCCAGCCUCAUCGGCAUUUCUUUUCUGCCUCCACGCUUAUAUGAUGCUCCUCACUUAUCAUCGUGCCUCUUUUCCCUCCCCUCCUCUAUCCCUCCCUUCUUUGCCCUCAUGCGGCCAUCAGCGGUGGCGCUGCUGGCCAUUAAGGAUGCCAUGCGGGUCACCUUCACCACGUGGGCCACCUCCAACCCGUGCCAGCUUGAGGGCGCCACCGCCAAAGAGGGCGAGUGGAGCAGCAUCAGCUGCACCGAAGACGGUCGCGUUUUCAUGAUCAACCUGGACUGCGCGGGACUCGUGCACAAGAGCUUCCCCACAGACAUCUCCAAGCUCAUGGGUCUUGGCGUUGUGUGGAUGCCGUGGAACUUCCUCGACGGCAGCCUCGCCAGCUACCUCAGAGACUUCUCCGCGCUCACCAACUUGAACACCCUCGCCAUGCAGUAUAUGUACUUCUCCGGAUCACUGCCGAGCGUGCUCACGACUCUGCCCAAGCUCAUCGGCAUGUCGCUGCGUUUCAACUACCUGACGGGGUCGCUGCCAGCGGCCAUCACCAAGAUUAAGUCGCUGGACCUCUACUAG